GGCGCCUCUUUUUGCUCUUGACCAUCACCAGCGCGCGUCGUCUCCUUGUCCUUAUCCUGCUUUCAUCUGUAAAACCUCUCUUCAAACCGACGUCUCCGACACAAAAUGAGCGCCAACGACAACGAGGAACUCAUCGACUACGAGGACGAGCAGGACGUCGUCACCAACGGUGUUGCUGUGACAGGCGCUGCUGCUGCUACUGCAGGCGCAGUAGCCGAUGGCGAGGGCAAGGAGGAGAAGAAAAACUUCUCUGGAAUCCAUUCCACCGGCUUCAGGGACUUCUUGUUGAAACCCGAACUUCUGCGAGCUAUUAGCGACCUUGGUUUUGAACAUCCCUCAGAAGUUCAACAAGAAUGUAUCCCUCAGGCUGUACUUGGAAUGGAUGUCCUUUGCCAGGCCAAGUCUGGCCACGGCAAGACUGCCGUCUUCGUCUUGGCAACAUUGCAGCAACUUGAGCCCGUCAACGGCGAAGUUUCUGUCAUUGUUCUUUGCCACACCCGAGAACUGGCCUUCCAGAUCAAGAACGAGUACACUCGAUUCGCGAAGUACAUGCCCGAUGUACGCGUCAGCACCUUCUACGGAGGUAUUCCCAUCGCCAAGGACGCCGAAAUUCUGCGAGACAAGACCAAGUGUCCCCACAUUGUGGUCGCCACGCCAGGACGUCUGAAUGCCCUGGUUAGAGACAAGAUUUUGGACGCGAAACACGUGAAGCACUUUGUUCUCGACGAGUGCGACAAAAUGCUCGAACAACUUGACAUGCGCCGCGACGUGCAAGAAAUCUUUCGCGCUACGCCCCACCACAAGCAAGUUAUGAUGUUCAGCGCCACACUCGCGAAGGACAUCCGGGUCACUUGCAAGAAGUUCAUGGCAAACCCCCUCGAAAUCUUCGUGGAUGACGAGACAAAAUUGACGCUGCACGGUCUACAGCAGCACUAUGUGAAGCUGGAGGAAGUACAGAAGAAUAGGAAGUUGAAUGAGCUGCUGGAUACGCUGGAGUUCAACCAGGUCGUCAUCUUUGUCAAGUCCGUUGCGCGGUGCAUUGAGCUGGACAAAUUACUCGUCUCUUGUAAUUUCCCCAGUAUAAGCAUUCACUCAGGGCUCGCCCAGGAGGAACGUAUCAACCGCUACACGUCCUUCAAGGCUUUUGAGAAACGUAUCUUAGUUGCCACGGAUAUUUUUGGUCGUGGAAUCGAUGUGGAGCGGGUUAAUAUUGUGAUCAACUAUGAUUGCCCUCCGGAUGCCGACAGCUACCUGCAUCGUGUCGGUCGCGCUGGGCGAUUCGGCACCAAGGGUCUCGCUAUCACAUUCCUCUCGUCUGAGGCGGACCAGCAGGUCAUGGCAGCUGUGCAGUCAAGAUUCGAGGUGGCAGUGCCUGAGCUGCCUGACCACAUUGAUCCGGCCAGCUACAUGACUUCUUGAUUGUAUCUUUUUCCCCGCCGUUACUGGUCUUCGUAUACUGGUCCCGUACAAUGUUGUCUUUCCCAACUCUCCUCUCCUCUUUUCUAUCGCGUCUCCCUGUAAUCGUACUACUCUGCCAAUGUCACUGAAGCCGCCGUCGGCUCUUUGUGUAAUCGCGACGUUGCGGCGAGAGGGCCGCGGAAGCUGAAAUGCG